AAAGUCCGAGAUCAAUCUUGCCUGUGAGGCCCCAGGAAACAGAAUUGGGACCAGAUUACAGAAAGUUCUAGAUACCAGAGAUGUUUCACAAUGGGGAAGCCUCCAAUAGGAAGGAAAGAGUUCUCAUCAGAAGUGUGCAACAGGGGCUGGUCAGGGAGGCUUACUUUGAUACUUCUCAUAGUGCUUCUUCCCUCAGAUUGUGCAGUCACAAAAUAUCUGGAACCCUGCCAGGCAGCUUCCAGGUGAGCCACUGCCUGGUCCUGGGUGGUCUUCUUUUCUGACUCCACUGUACCAGACAGGUCUUGCACUGGUCAGGUCAGGCAACCACCAUCAGUUCCCCAUACCCAGCCUCUCUCUGCCUGGUUAUCUGAGAACUCCAGGCUGGAUUGUGCCCUUGAAGAAGUGCAGCUCUAUGGGGAGCAGUGACUCAACCAAACUCUGGGUGCUGUACUGACUCAGAAAAAGCUGGUUUAUGGCAGAGUGGGGCAGGAAAAUAUCACAGCUUUGUUUCCAGGUAUGGCUCUGAAGAGGCUGCCUCUUCCCCAAGUCUGUCCUUGCAAUAGCCUCCUUGGCUCAAGUCUGAUGUAACUUCCUCAUCUCACCCAGCAGGCCAACCAGGAGUAAAACCCUUGUCUUAGGUGCCAAACCCUUCAGGGACUUCAGGGAGGGCUGAAAGUUUGGAAUAGGACUGCACCACAAGAACACCUACAGGCUGUGUCCUCCGGGCUGUCCAGCUGUCAUUUCCCUUCCAUCAGAUGCCGGACCUGCCUGGCAUCUCAAAGGUCCCUCAGCUCCAAGUGCUUAUAUCUGAAUUACUUGUCUCUACCAUCACUCCCACCCCCUGCUCAACAGUGGAGGGGGCCUUCCCUCCAUGCACCCCAAAACAUGUUUUCUUAGGUUAAUCUUGUUUUUAACCCUCUCGUUGUGGGACAAUUCCUAUAUACCUUCUGGACUGAACUUAUUCAGAUACCCUCUUCCAGAGAAACUGGUAUGCACAAAGGCCCCCAGGCCUGGUUGCUGUCCCUGUCACAGCACUGGUCAAGCUUCCUUGGCUUUCUGCCUCAUUCGACCAUGGUGAGGCCUGCAGGCUGUGCCCCAGCAUGCUGUCUGACAGAGUAAGCUGGAGAGCACUGAGUAAAAGCACAGGUUUUGGCACAAGGCAAACCCUGGCAUUACCUUAUACUGGCCUUGUGCAAGCCACUUUACCUCUCUAUGCCUCAGUUUCCUCAUGUAUACAAUAGUGAGUAGUGAUACCUACCUCCUGAGGCCUUCUCAAAUACUAAAAGGGGUAAUACAUAUGAAAUCCUUGGCACAGUGCCUGGGUGCUCCCAGUUAUAGGCUUGCUGAUUUGCAGGGCAAAUGAAGAGACCAAUAUCGCCAUCUUGCUGGCCUCUGAGGGAAAUGUGGUUGUGGGUGCGGAGAAGGAGGUACUCCCACAGGCAGCUGGGUCCACACUGGAAGAGUGCUCCUGGUCUCCAUCGGCUCUCAGCCUAGCUGACAAUUUAAGAUUGGACUAGAGCCAUCUGUGUUUGAAGGUCUGUUGAGAGGGGCUGGUGGGCUGCUGCAGGAGAAGAGACACCGGAAGGCCCCUGUAUGAGUUUGCUGGAGCUGCUGUCACAAGUUAACACAAACUCGGUGGAUAAAACAUCAGAAAUGUGUCUUCUCACACCUGGAGGCCAGAAGUCCUAAAUCAAGGUGUCAGCAGGGCUAUAUGUUCCUUUCAAAUGGUCUGGGGGAGGAUUUGUUCCAGGUCUUUCUCUUAGCUUCUGGUAUUGCUGGCAAUCCUUGGCAGCUCUCAGUUUGUAGAUGUAUCACUCCAGUCUCUGCCCCUGUCUUCACAUGGCCAUACUCCUUCUGUGUGUCUGUGUACAAAUGCCCCCUUUGUAUAAGGACACCAGUCACACUGGAUUAGGACACUCUCCUCCAGUAUGAGUUUAUCUUAAGUUUAUUGUAUCUGCAAUGGCCCUAUUUCCAAAUAAGGGCACAUUCAUAGAUACCAGGGGUUAGGACUCCAGUAUAUCUUUUAAGGGGACACAGUGCAACUCAUAACAGCCCCUCUGGAAGAGGUGCCACUUGAGCUGGGUCUUCAAGAAGGGAUUGCUAAACGGGGUGACAAAAAAGGAAGAAGGCAUUGAGGGAGAGGUGCCAGCUUGGGCAGGUUGGGGUGACACUUUGUUCCUAUUUCCUCUGCCACAUAACCAGAAACACCAGUGAGGAAGUAUGUUUUACUUGCCUGUGAUGUUCCCAAGUGGGGUGUGUCCUGGCCAGGUGCUUUAUGCUGUCAUCAUUGCUAUCAUGGGAGGAGACAUGCACAGAUCAGAGCUGCCCCUGUGCACCAGGCCCCCUGUCCCUGGAAGCCCUCCCAUUUCCCCCUGUCAUCUCUAAUGUGCGACCUCUCAGCCAAAUCCCAGGAAGCACAUACACAGGCAGCCCACUGACCCGAUCCUCUAUGGCCUCCUAGUUUAGCUUGGAGCCGGACGUCAGGAUCAACUCCAAGGUGACUUUCCAAGGAGAGCAGCCAAGUCACACCGGCUCACCCAAGGUGAAGACUACCUGUUUCUCUGCCUUCACCCUGGCCCCUCCUUCCCUGUCAUGGACCCAAAGGGGCCUUUCUAAAGUGCCAGGCUGAUCAUGUGAAGCUCUUCACCCCCCACUUUAAGCCCAUUCCAUGGCAUCCCUUUGCCACACCAGAUCUGGUUUCAUCAUUUAAGGCCCCUGCCAGCCUCCAUCUCUUCCUCUCCCACCUGCCUCCAACUGGCCCCCAGCGAGGCCACAUCUCCAUGAAGUUUCUCAGGUGCACUUGGGGCUGAAUUUGUGCACAGUCUUACACUUUAGUAGAGUCAGGACCCAUGCUACUCUGUCCCUGUUUUGCCCCCCCCCCCAUACACACUAGGCUGGGGGCUUCACCUGGCCUGGGACUCACCCCCAUCUAUAACCCAGGACCCAACCCAGUGUCCACAGGCAGCUGAAGAAAGGAGGGAGUGGCUGUAAGUGGUUUGGGUCUUAAAGGAUGGCUUAGGCCUUACUUUGUGGACCUAGAAAGGUAUGGUCUUGAGUGAAGAGUACUCCCACAAAGCCAGAGAGCUCUAGAUUUCCUCUGGCUCUGGCCAUCACCAUGGCCCAAGCCUGCUGGAGGUCAGGUCCUGCAGUGGAAUCAGACUUGGCAGGAUGUAUGUGGUCAGCUGUGGGCCAGGCUCUGAGCACGGGAAUCCUCAAAGGGAAUCCUCAAAGGGAAUCCUCAGCAUCCUCUGAGUGCUGAGAAUGUCUGAUUUUCUGUGGACUCCAGUUCAUAGGCAACUGGUCACUUUCCUUCAUCCCCCAAGUCUCUGAUAUCCUACUCCCACUGGCUCUCCAACUUUGGCCUGUAGGUUUCCUGAUUUCUUGUUUGUCAUCAGUCCCCAUCAGCCUAUAUACCCAGAAUUCUCACUGGCUUCACAAAUAACCACUUUGGGCAUUCCAGUGGAACCAUAGCCAAGGCUCAUCUCUGCAAGUGGGUGACAGAAUCAUGACAGUAGCUACAGACAGGGCAUUGGAGCUGGGCAGUCCCAUUUCCGUCCAGAAUCCACUUGCUAUGCUUAAAGGGGGCUGAGCUCAAGAGUGGGAGACUGGUAAAGGGGUGUUUCACUCUCCUUCCUCUGCAACCUGGAGGUCAGUGGGUCAAGCUCAGCUGUAGCACCAAGAAAGCUAAAGGCCAAAGAGGAGACAAUAGAAAAAAAAGACAAUGGUUCUGGGUGUCCCACUGCAUUACCCAGGAGGCCUCUGAAGGAGAAUGCCCUUGGACCCCUGGCACAGAUGGGAAAAGGGGGAGGCUUUCCUUACCAGCAACUCCCUGGCUAUCUUUCUUGGCUGCAGUACAAGAGGUGAGGAAGUUGUCCACCUGCAGAUCACGACACCUGGGGCAGGACUCCGCCUGAUGACCCCAUACCUGGAAGGAAUGAGAUCUUCCCUGGGCUCCAAAUACAAGGAGGACCCCAGCCCUAGAGAGGCCAAGGAAGACUUGGCUGGUGAGGAGGCCUGCAAGGGUCCCAAUCUAGACCUAAGGUCAAGUGCACAGUCAAGUGAUGGCAAUGUGGGAUCCAGAGCCAUGGGCUUCCCACCUGAAGGCUUGAUUGAAGCAGACAUUGACUCUGGGAGAGGAGGCUCCAGCUCCACUUUGGCCUCUGCUGGACCAGCUGAUCAGAAGAGUGACAGUCCAGCAGACCUGGAGGACAAGGAUGCACACUCGAAGGGGUGUUCACUGUUCCUCAGCACCUUGGCUGAUUCUGAAGACAAGAAUGUGGCUGCCAAGGUGGGAGAGACCUGGCAGGAAAAGCCUGCAGUCCUGAGAGGUGGCCAUGGAGACCCAGCUGCACCCUCCCAGCAGUCUGCAGCUCCCAGGACCCCAGAGCAGCAGAGCAUCCCCAGAAGACCAGAGCAGCUUGUGGAACUGGACAGCCAGGCCAGCAGGUGUUCACUGUUCCUCAGCACCUUGGCUGAUUCUGAAGACAAGAAUGUGCCUGCCAAAGUGGGAGAGACCUGGCAGGAGAGGCCUGCAGUCUUGAGAGGUGGCCACGGGGACCCAGCUGCACCCUUCCAGCAGCCUGCAGCCCCCAGAGCCCCAGAGCAGCAGAGCAGCCCCAGAAGACCAGAGGAGCUUGUGGAACUGGGAAGCCACACCAGCAGGGUGAAAAACCCCUCGAGCUGUAUGGUCACUGUUACCGUUACUCCUUCUACUGAGCAGCCUCAUGUUUACAUCCCAGCCUCCCCAAGUGAAUUGGACUCCAUUUCAACCAGCAAAGGGAUUCUCUUCAUGAAGGAAUACCUGAAUGCUAGUGAGGUAUCCUCUGGGAAGCCAGUGUCUUCAUGCUAUGACAGCAUUAGAAGCAUUGAAGACUCUUGUGAUGUGGAGAAGAAACCUGCAUGUGACAGCUCUCUGUACUCUGAGAGAACAACUGGAGGGAUCUGUACUUACUGCAACCAGGAGAUCAGAGACUGUCCAAAGAUUACCCUAGAGCAUCUUGGCAUCUGCUGCCAUGAUUAUUGCUUUAAGUGUGGGAUUUGCAGUAAACCAAUGGGUGAGCUCCUGGAUCAGAUCUUCAUUCACCAUGACACCAUCCACUGUGGUAAAUGCUAUGAGAAGCUCUUCUAGCUCUUCCAGGCUGAGAAGAAGUUGAUGACUCCUGGACAAGUUUGGCUGUUCCCAGUUGCCCCAAGUUGCUAGCUCCUCUUCCCUCACUUUCCUCCUCCCUAUUUGAUUUCUUCAGACUUUUGCCCUUCUCAAGUUGAACUGAUUGCAUCUAGUAGAGUAUCUUAAUGAUGACAA